UACUUGGCAAUGACAUGGUUGUGUGGAGAGUUUAAAACGUACAGGGAUAGAGCUGCUCACGAAAUAUUUUUGUGUUGUGUGAAAGUAUGUAUUAAUAUAAUAAAGAACUGGAUGAAUAUACAGUGCGAUACAUGCUGUUUUUCACCUAGUGUGAGAGUAACUGCAUUUUAUUCGCAGACCAGUGGUAUCAUUUGAUGGAAGGAUGCCAGAUGAUAACAUUCGUUCUGCAACCUACACGGUGCCAUGUGAAGAUUAUGUCCAUGUAGUGGAGUUUAGUCCAUUCGACUGUGGCUCACCUGCUUCGCUCCUUGCUUAUGGUGGGAACGAGUAUGUGGUUGUGGGUGCCUGUCGCUUUAAGGAAGAAGACACAGAGAUUGAGGGCGUUGAGUUUAAGUCUCUGCGAGUGUUCAUGCACGGAGUACGCGUGGAUGCCAUUGCAUGGAGCCCUGAAACCCGAUUGGACAAGCUUCCUCAGGUCAUCAGGUUUUGUACUGCAGCAGCUGACAGAAAGCUCAGGCUGUGGACAUCAGACCUGCAGAACAGCCAUGAAUGUGACAUGAAGGUGAUGGAAGGCCACACCAGCUACAUCAAUCAGUUAGUGUUUGAGCCUACAGAAGGAAAGCAAAUAGCCUCUAUCAGUGAUGACCACACUUGCAGGUUGUGGGACCUCAAUGGUAAUGAAACCACUUCAUUCACACUGCGUUCUCCUGGUGUAAGCGUCUGUUGGCACCCCGAGGAUGCCUUUAAGUUACUGGUGGCAGAGAAGAAAGGCACUAUACGAUUCUAUGACCUUGUUACACAACAUGCCAUUCUGUCUCUGGACAGCGGGCAGGUGCCACUCAUGUCAGCUGACUGGUGUCUCACAAACACUAUAAAGGUUGGGGCAGUUGCAGCCAACGAUUGGGUGAUCUGGGACAUUACCCGUUCCAGCUAUCCGCUUGAGAAGAGACCGGCUCAUGUUGACAGAGCGAGGCAUUUCAGAUGGUCAAGGGCACAAGAGAAUCUUUUUGCCACCACGGGCUAUCCGGGCAAAAUCAGCAGUCAAUUAUUGGUGCAUCAUUUGGGCCAUCCACAGCCUGUAAUGAUUGGUUCAGCUUCUGUGGGAGCGGGCCUAAGCUGGCACAGGACCCUGCCGCUGUGUGUGAUUGGCGGAGACCGAAAGCUGUUCUUCUGGAUGACAGAGAUGUAAUCUAGGCAGAAGUAUUUCUAACAAUUUACACCAUCUGGAGAAUGCUUUUAUAUUUGUCUUUUUUCAAUAAAGUCAUAUUUUCACUCAUU